AUGAUUGCUAGACGUUAUCCUGCGGAGUGGGGGAGACUUGACCUGGAACCAAGAUUUGUCCAUGUGUGGCAUGAAGGUCAAAACAUUCUCAGGAACCAAAACCCGUCUUACAAAGGAAGAACAUCAGUGUCCAUUGAGAAACUGAAGCAUGGAGACCUUUCACUGACACUGUCUGCAGCCAAACUCUCCGAUAAUGGAAUCUAUAGAUGCUACUUUCCCUCACAGAGUAAAGAAUCUACUGUUGAGCUUAUUGUUGGUUCUGUCUCCUCAGCGGUCAUAGCUGGAAUUUACUUAAACAGCAGCGCAGUGGUGUUACAGUGUGAGUCUGCAGGCUGGUAUCCAGAGCCUGAGGUGUUGUGGCUGGACGGUGAGGGAAAGCUCCUCUCUGCUGGACCUACAGAGACAGUCAGAGGUCCUGAUGACCUCUAUACUGUCAGCAGCAGAGUGACUGUGGAGAAGAGACACAGCAACAGCUUCACCUGUAGAGUCCAACAGAGGAACAUCAACCAGACCAAAGAGACAGAGAUUCAAUUUUCAGCUGAUUGCUUCGAGGCUCCAUCUUGUUCUGCUGCUCGUGUCGGCAUUUUAGUGUUUAUUUUCCUCAUUUUUGUUUUUGCAGCAGCCUAUGUUGUGUGGAAAUGGAGACAGCACAAAACCAAAGUUUACCUCCUUCAGGAAGUUAGUAACAAAAGAAGUCACUCCAGACAUGAUGGCUCUGGGAUUUUUUUAAGGUAAUUUAAUUUGACAUGUUAAAGUUUCAGAGGACUCACUGACCAGAUUUAAUAUCACACAAAAUACAAAAUCUAGUAAAGGUCAAAUAGUGUUUUUGAAGAUAGUGCAGCUAAGCUAAUGAAAUUAAAGUUAAAUAUUUGCAAAGAAAUUUAAAAAGAAUUCUGACAAAGAUGAACCGUGAUGCUGAGAGAGCAAAGACAGAGACAGAGCAGCUCAUGGCAGAACGCAAGAAAAUGGAGGAUUUGGAGGAGAAAAAGGCAAAACUUGCAGAAAAGUUACAGAAGAAUGAAGAAGAAGAGAAAGACUUGGAGCAGGUGGUUAAAACACUGAUGGAACAGGAGAAGCAACUGAAAGAACAGAGAGAUCAAACAGAGCAUCAAAAGAACCACAUGGAGAGAAACAUUACAGAUAUUGAGAACAAGCUUCAGUCAGUGGAGAAGAUGGCAGAGAGUGACCGAUACCAUGAGAUGAAGAGCAUUGUGUUAACGGCCAAAAAUCAGUUGAAGGGUAGGAAACAAGAAGAUGAUAAACUUCACGUGGAAACACAGAGACUACUGACUAAAACACAAAGUGUGAUAAAUAGAAUGACAGACAGGAAGAAGGCAGCAGAAAACUACAAGGAGACACUCAGUGAGCAGCUGGAGGAGAUAGAGAAACAAAAAAAAGAGAUUCAAAGGAAACUUCAGUCAGAGCAGACUUUAGAUUAUUAAAAGACAACAGCUAAUCAAAGUCUUAUUCUGGUGUUGAUACAGAUUUGUUUAUAGCAGUAAUACGAAUGCACUAAAAACCCAUCUUCAUUUAUGAAUCAUCAUCUGAGAGCUCUCAUUAAUGAUGCAGAACAACUUUUACAUGACUUUUGCCUGGAUCCAGGCCCGGCGCCAUGAAGUUACUGAGGGGGCGGUUAAAAAUUACAAAGGGGGAAAUAUUUAUUAUGCAACAUAGGUUCACAGUGAGUUAUAAAGAGCGCGCAGCCGUGCGUAAUUGUCGCACGUAAUGACAGCUCGUCGCCGUCUUUCAAGUUUGUCUCCUGACAGAUGGAGCUGACAGACAGACAGACAGACAGACAGACAGACAGACAGGUGGAGCAAGCGGCAAAUUGGUAUGAAAGCUGGUUCAGGUUUCAGUUUUUCCACUAGCCUAAUCUGUCAUCCAAAGAUGGAUGCCCCCGAUUUCAAAACUCAUUCAUCAUCAGUCAUCCUGCUGUCUGGAUGCAUGUCUGACAUAUCCAGCAGAAAAAAACGUGUGUCACAUAGAACAUAGAAAAAUAAACCAGCUAGAUUCUGUCUUACUUUUCCUCAGUAGAGUCGCAGCCUUCUUGUUUGUUUGUUAAACUCUCUGAGUAAGCGAGGAGCCACUGGCCUCAGCUGCAGUCUCUGCUGUAGUGUUUUUUUUUUUUUUUGUUUUUUUU